AUGAGUCUCCUCCAUAAACCAAAAAUUGAGAUGACCCCAGAGGAGCAGCAGAAGCAAGAGGUGGAGGAAUUCAACACAGGUCUCCUCUCAGUGCUCAGGCAAUCAGUGAAGAACAACACACAAGUGCUCAUUAACUGUCGCAGCAAGAAGCUCCUGGGCCAGGUGAAGACUGUAAUAAGUGUAUUUCACAGGCACUGCAACACGGUGCUGGAAAAUGUGAAGGAAAUAUGGACCACGGUCCCCAAGAGUGGCAAGGGCAAGAAGAAGUCUGAGCCUGUCAAAAAGGACCACUACAUCUCCAAGAUGUUCUUGCGUGGGGACUCAGUCAUCGUGGUGCUACAGAACUUGCUUAUCGACAGCAAGUAA